AUGGAAAAUUGCAUAUUCCCGACUGAAAGAGCCUUGGGAGUUCAGUGGAAUACAGAUACUGACAAACUCGGCAUCAGAGCUCAGAUUAAAAGCAAGCCAAUGACACGCUGGGGUUUGAUAAGCGUCAUAAGCUCCAUUUAUGACCCUCUCGGAUUUGUAUGUCCCUUCAUUCUUCAAGGCAAAAAGAUAUUUCAAAACGAAACCAGGUUGAAGAAAGGUUGGGACGAGCUUCUGACACCUGAAAAUGAGAAGAAAUGGUCCAGGUGGAUUGCAGAGAUACUAAAAUUGGAGAAGUUCAAGGUCGAACGCUGUAUCUUACCAGGUGACUUUGGGAAGAUAGUGACCCGAGAGUUGCAUCAUUUCUCCGAUGCGUCUGUGGAGGCGUACGGUGCUUUUUCUUACCUUAGAUCAGUGAAUGGAGAAGGUCGAGUUCAUUGUAGUGUUCUCGUUAAGAAAUCAAGGCUUACAAUAAAGCAGAUACAGUCCCUCGUCAGGAAUUGA